AAGAAGUCCAAAAACACUCGAUGGAAACUAAAAGCCUCACGGGUGAACCAUAUCUUCACGCUCGAUGACUCCAUCCAUCUUAGGUAGUAUAUAAUAGUUUUAAUAUUAUUUAUUUUACAAGUUAGAAAUCCGUCGAAACAUUAACGAACUACUCGAAAAUGCGUCGAAAGAAAACCACUCUCACUCUGUCUCUGUCUCCCUCCGAAAUUCGAAUUCCAAGCUUCAAAACUAUGGCAGCAAACAUGCAUACGAACCUUCACUUGAAAAUCAAUGGCAUGGAAUUCCCUGUUCUCCUCGGGGAAUUCCCUGUUGACAUCCCAAACCCUAGGCUUCCCGCCAUUAUUCAACCGUUCCAAAACCAAAUUCUUCCCAUUGCAGCUCAAGAGAACGAUGCGGUAUCCUCCACCACCUCUGAUCACCAAUGAGUUAUAGUUGCGGGUUGCUGGCGCAAGUGAAUCCUAUAUUUUCAUGGUGUGUGGAGACAUUGAAGACUCAAUAUGGGAAUUUUUGAUGAGUUACCUUUGCCUUCAGAAAAAGCUUAUUUGAGAGAAGACCUCUCUAGAAUAGAUGAGAGUUGGGUUGCUGCUCGUUUUGAUUCACUACCUCAUGUUGUUCACAUUUUGACAUCAAAAGAUCGUGAUGCUGCCGCCCAAUUUUUGAAGGAGCAAAGUGAUAUUAUUGAGGAGGUUGUGGAUGAAGUAGUACAUUCCUACCAUAGUGGCUUCAACAGAGCUAUCCAAAACUAUUCCCAGAUCUUGAAGCUCUUCAGUGAAUCCACUGAAAGUAUAUCUGUCUUAAAAGUAGAUUUGGGAGAGGCCAAGAGGCGCCUUAGUGCCCGCAAUAAGCAAUUGCAUCAACUAUGGUAUCGGUCAGUCACACUGCGGCAUAUAAUAUCCUUAUUGGAUCAAAUUGAAGACAUUGCUAAGGUUCCGGCUCGCAUCGAGAAACUCAUUGCUGAGAAACAAUUUUAUGCUGCGGUUCAAUUGCAUGUGCAAUCAAUACUGAUGCUUGAGCGAGGUCUCCAAACUGUUGGGGCGCUUCAAGAUGUCCGUUCUGAGUUGACGAAGUUACGUGGAGUCCUCUUUUAUAAGAUUUUGGAGGAUUUGCAUGCCCAUUUAUACAAUAAGGGUGAAUAUAGUGCUGCUGGCUCAACUUUGUUAGAGAAUGAUGACGAAUUACCAACUACCACUGCUGUUGCACUUGCUGCACAUAAUUCACAACCUCUGUCUCGGAGAACAAGAUCGCUCAAAGGUGACAAUCAGAAUAGUCUCCAGAUUGAUGGAUCAUAUAGGCCAGCAUCUAUGGAUGGAGGUUCUUUUGAUGGCCAUGAUGAGGCAGAUUCAAAUGAGGAAGCUACCUUAGAUGGGAAUAUGGCAACAGCGAGAAUCAAUGGUAAUGAUAUACCAAAGGAUUCUAACAAUGCUCUUCGUCAAAUGCCAACAUGGCUCUCAAAUUCGACACCUGAUGAAUUUCUUGAAACAAUUAGAAAAAGUGAUGCUCCGCUUCAUGUGAAGUAUCUCCAGACCAUGGUUGAGUGCCUUUGCAUGCUUGGCAAAGUUGCAGCUGCUGGAGCUAUUAUAUGCCAAAGAUUGCGGCCAACACUUCACGAGAUAAUUACAUCCAAGAUUAAAGCUCAUGCAGAGCUUUUGAAUUCAUCAAGGUCCAUUGGUCAGGGUUCCCGGACUGGAACAGGUAAUCUGCACUUCAUAAAAGGUCAACUAGAAAGUUAUCAGUUGCCAAAACAGAAGCAUAAGAAUGGAAUAUCUAUUGCUGGAACUCUGUUGGCUGUGAGUCCUGUAUCGCCUCUUAUGGCUCCUGGUGGGAAAGCACAGGUUGCUGCUAAGGAGCUUCUUGAUUCAAUUUUGGAUGCUGUUGUUCGAAUAUUUGAGAAUCAUGUCAUUGUUGGGGAGCUUUUGGAAGCAAAAGCAAGUCAGCAUGCUGACUUAAACACGCCAAAAUCAUUGCCAGUAGAUGUAAACUGGAGCCCUGAUUCUGAAGCAUCUCAAGUUACCGGAGGGUACAGCAUAGGUUUCUCCCUGACAGUGUUACAGAGUGAAUGCCAACAACUUAUAUGUGAAAUUCUGCGGGCCACUCCUGAAGCUGCAUCUGCUGAUGCUGCAGUGCAAACAGCUAGGCUUGCGAGCAAAGUCCCUUCUAAAGAUAAAAGGGAUGGAUCAGAAGAUGGUCUUACCUUUGCAUUUCGCUUUACAGAUGCUACAAUAUCUGUUCCUAACCAGGGAGUUGAUCUUGUUCGCCAAGGUUGGAGUAGGAAGGGUCCCAAUGUGCUUCAAGAGGGUUAUGGUUCUGCAGCAGUUUUGCCUGAGGAAGGCAUAUAUUUAGCGGCAUCCAUAUACCGACCUGUGCUUCAGUUCACAGAUAAAGUUGCUUCAAUGCUGCCAACAAAGUAUUCCCAACUCGGCAAUGAUGGGUUGCUAGCUUUUGUGGAGAACUUUGUGAAGGACCACUUUUUACCAACUAUGUUUGUAGACUACCGAAAAGGCGUACAGCAAGCCAUAUCGAGUCCAGCUGCAUUUCGUCCAAGGGCACAUGUGGCUACUACUUACACUUCGUCAAUUGAGAAGGGUCGACCUGUGUUACAAGGAUUAUUAGCUAUAGAUCACUUGACAAAGGAGGUGCUUGGCUGGGCACGAGCAAUGCCCAAGUUCUCUAAUGAUCUUGUGAAGUAUGUGCAAACUUUUCUGGAGAGGACUUAUGAAAGAUGCCGGACUGCAUACAUGGAGGCUGUUCUUGAGAAGCAGAGUUAUAUGCUUAUUGGGAGGCAUGAUAUUGAGAAAUUGAUGAGGAUUGACCCCUCAAGUGCAUAUUUACCGAAUCUGCUUGGUCAGUUAAAUGUGGAAAGUAAUUCAUCUGAUGCCGAAACAAUUGAGGCUGAAUUAGAACUUGGUGAAUUACUGCUAAAUUUGCGUCCUAUUAAACAGGAAAACCUAAUCCAUGAUGACAACAAACUUAUUCUGUUGGCAUCCCUUAGUGACUCAUUAGAGUAUGUUGCAGACUCUAUUGAAAGGCUUGGACAGACAACUCAAAGAGCAUCAAAUCAUGUUGGGGGAAAAUACCAUCACAGUCGUUCAGACAGUGCACCUACAAGGAGUCUAGCUUCAUUUGCUCAAGAUUAUAGGAAACUGGCAAUUGAUUGCCUCAAGGUUUUACGCAUAGAGAUGCAAUUGGAGACAGUAUUCCAUAUGCAGGAAAUGGCAAAUACAGAAUACUUGGAUGACCAAGAUGCUGAAGAGCCGGAUGACUUCAUCAUUUCGCUCACUGCACAGAUAACACGAAGAGAUGAGGAAAUGGCUCCUUUUAUUUCAAAUGCAAAGCGGAAUUAUAUAUUUGGUGGAAUUUGUGGGGUUGCAGCAAAUGCAUCUGUUAAGGCUUUGGCAGAUAUGAAAUCCAUAAAUCUUUUUGGCGUUCAACAAAUUUGUCGAAAUGCUAUUGCAUUGGAACAGGCAUUGGCAGCUAUUCCAUCCAUAAAUAGUGAAGCAGUGCAACAGAGAUUGGAUCGAGUCCGCACCUACUAUGAACUAUUGAACAUGCCAUUUGAGGCUUUGGUUGCCUUCAUUACAGAACAUAUACACUUGUUCACCCCUGCUGAGUAUGCCAAGCUUCUUAACGUUCAGGUUCCAGGAAGGGAAGUUCCUCCUGAUGCGCAAGAUAGAUUAUCUGAAAUAUUAUCCAUGUAGAAUGUUCUCUUUCGUUCCUAUUCCAGAAUUUUUGAACUGUUGGGGUGAUUGCAUCAAUUAUAUUUCUGAUUCAUAUUUCUGAAAAAAUGAUGAUGCAACAAACCGAUGCCGAUGUCCGAUCUUACAGCAAAUUACAAGAGUAGACUACCAGUGAAAAGAUGGUUUUGAUUCUGCCCUUGGUGAUAGCAAUUCCAUUUGCUCACUCAAUUGUUGUUAAUGUAAUGGUGAUGUCAAUUUUGGUUGCCGUUGUUGCUUUCCUUUUGGGUUAAGUCGCUUGCUCGCUCUAUUUUUUUGGGUAGAGUUUGGGUGUGAUGAGCAAUUUCAUUCAAGUCAAUAUGAAGAACAACCUGAAAUUCACAUGUAUAUUUUUCACGCUAAACUUAUUGUAUAUUUGCUUUCUUCAAUUGUGUUGCCUGUGUAAAUGAAAUUUUGUCGAGGAGGGAUUCCCUCUUGAUUAUUUUUAUAUCUGACUCGGAUCUUCUUGAACUAA